ACUGUAUAUACUCCAGAAACUAACUGUAUAUACUCCAGAUACUAACUGUAUAUACUCCAGAAACUAACUGUAUAUACUCCAGAAACUAACUGUAUAUACUGCAGAAACUGUUGAGUAACUAUAACCCUGGACCUCAGCUGUGUCCUGCUGCUAAGCAGAUAGAACUAGAUCUACUGAGAACUCUACCCAACAAUAAGCAUUACGAAUCUCCACAUUCAUCAGGUAUUCCUAAACUCCGUCGGGUCCUGCUUGCCUACAGUCUCCACAACCCCGAGGUGGAGUACUGCCAGGGGUUCAACAGGAUCGCUGCCAUCGCUUUGCUCUUCAUGAACGAGGAGGACGCCUUUUGGUGUCUUGUUUACAUCGUGGAACAGCUGAUGCCUCCACAGUUCUACUGUAAACAGCUGGUCGGAGCUCAGGUUGAUCAGGCAGUGUUUAAAGAGCUGGUUUGUGAGAAACUUCCGGAUCUAGCGAUACAUCUAGAAGCGCAUGGUGUUGAUCCAGCACUCUUCUCUAUAAACUGGUUUCUCUGUUUGUUUGUUGACAGUCUGCCCGUCAAUACAUAUCUACACAUCUGGGAUGCUUUCCUAUUCGAAGGAAACAAGGUUCUAUUCCGGUAUGCUCUGGGUAUUCUGAGCUAUAUGGAGGAUAAACUAAUGAAACAAGGAGACUAUAUGUCUAUAUUCAAUACAUUCAGAACAGAGGUUCAGAGCCUGGUAGAUGUUAAGAGGUUAACGAUGAUCGCGUUCCAAGAACUCAACCCGUUUCCUCUCAGGAUAAUCGCCACUAAACGGGAACAUCACCAUAAGAUAUUGAAGGUAAACUGUUUAAAAGGUUUAAAGGGACUGUUUACAUAUUUUUAAGUUACUCACUGUUGG